AGCAAAACAGAACAUAUAUAAAGCGCUAAGGCAAUUCAAUUAUCAUCUCAUUCCUUCCUCCAAACCUAUUAAACAUUAAACAUUUCUGUUUUUUGACCUCUCAAGAUGGCAUCAAAGCCACAUCGCGAGGCUAACUUGAAUGCAGUGGAAAAGAAAGAGAAUAAGUGGAUUCUUGGACCUCCGGCGCUUAACAUCGUAUGGGGUAAUGACGAGCGCUAUUGGAAAUUAUCGCGAGACCAAGCUUCAGCAGAGUUAUUACAGGUAUGUUGGCUGGAAGUAACAGGUUCAACUAGUGAGAAUCUACAAAAAGGGAAGUCGUACGAAAUCAAGUUCAAGGUUGAAAUGAAAGAAGGAGCCUUUGGAUGGAACGGAUGUCCUGUUUUCAUAAUGGCUAAGAUAGGAAAGAAGGGCAAAUACAAAUGGGAAAAGAUUGACUUAAUUAAUUUAGCUAAGGACAAAAAAGGUCAAUUUGAAAUUCCGGUAAAUGGAUUGACCGUUGAAGUUCCGGCAACCUACUCCGGCGAAGACACCAAGCUCUAUUUUGGUUUGUAUGAAGUAUGGACCGGUAGAUGGAAGGGUGGUUUGGUAAUUCAUCAAGCUGAAGUUACAAUGAAUUAACUUUGGUUUCAAACAAUUUAUAAUGCUUAAAUUGCAAUCUAAUAAUGUGGGAAUAAGUUUAUAUUUCGACUAAACAGAGAGCGAAAGGUUUCUUUUUUUUGUUUUUUUUUAUUAAGGAAAUGUGAGUGGGAGUUUAAUAUCCAAUAACAACGAAUCGGAAUUGGUAUUGUUGUACUUUUAUAAUUAUAAAUGAAUGCUCAAAGCAUCAUUUUUGCUAUUUUUCAA